AUGGCCUCGCGAGUCCUUGUGUCUGGUCUUCCCCGGUCCCUCCCUCCCCUUCCUCCGGGCCCUGGCCCUACCUGUGUCCCCUGUGUCGAGGGGCGCCAGCGUGCUGUCCCUCACUCCUCCCAGUUUCCUCCGACAGAGGCCCCGUUGCAGACGCUUCACAUGGACGUGUGGGGCCCAGCCCGCGUCCGUGGACAGGGUCAGGAGCGCUACUUCCUGCUGGUUGUUGACGACUACUCGCGUUACACCACAGUCUUCCCCUUGCGCAGCAAGGGUGAGGUCACUGAGGUGUUGAUCGACUGGAUCCGCGCAGCUCGUCUCCAGCUUCGGAGGAGCUUUGGCUCUGACUUCCUUGUUUUGCGGCUGCACUCGGACAGAGGUGGAGAGUUCUCCUCUGGCCUACUGAGUGCCUACUGUCGUGCGCGAGGCAUCCGUCAGACCUUCACGCUUCCGGACUCACCACAGCAGAAUGGGAUUGCUGAGCGCCGCAUUGGCAUGGUCAUGGACGUCGCUCGUACGUCCAUGAUGCAUGCGGCUGCUCCCCAUUUUCUGUGGCCGUUUGCGGUCAGGUACGCUGCGCACCAGAUCAACCUCCACCCCAGGGUCUCUCGACCGGAGACCUCCCCAGCCCUGCUGUGGACGGGGAAGGUUGGCGAUGCGUCGGCGUUCCGGGUCUGGGGAUCUCGGGCGUUUGUUCGCGACCUGUCUGCGGACAAGCUGUCCCCUCGUGCUUCUCCCUGCGUCUUCCUGGGGUUCCCCCCCGACGCCCCUGGGUGGCAGUUUUACCACCCCACCUCUCGACGUGUUCUGUCCUCCCAGGACGUCACGUUCGACGAGUCGGUACCCUACUACCGCCUCUUCCCCUACCGCACUCCGUCCCUCCCCCCACCCCCACUCUUCUUGGUACCAGGUCCCCCCCCGGUAGUCCCCCUCCCCCCUCAGGGUCCUGCCCCUUCAGGUGUGUCCCAGGUAGACGCGGUCGAGCCUGUCGAGGUCACUGGUGACUCUGGUGCUGCUGCGGGAGCUGAACCUGGGGGUGCGGAGUCUGGGGGUGCUGAGCCUGGGGGUGCUGAGCCUGGGGGUGCUGUGCCUGGGGGUGCUGUGCCUAGGGGUGCUGAGCCUAGGGGUGCUGAGCCUGGGGGUGCUUCGUCUCGCCGAGAGCCACUCUCCCCACAGGAGCUGCGUGAGUGGUUUGCCAGGCGCUGGAGGCGUGCUGCUGGUGCUGGUGGUUCUUCGGCUGCAGAGGGUACUGCUGCCGCGCGUCCCGCCGGUGCUCGUACUGUGGGUGCUGGAGCUGCUGGGUCUGAGAGUUCUCCUGGAGCUGGUACUGCUGAGGGUGUUGGCGCUGAGCCUGCCGUUGGCGGUCCGACUGACAGUGCUCCUGGUGCUGCUGCUGGAGGUUCUGGAGCUUCUGGUGGUGCUGCUGGAGUGUGUGCUCCUGCCGGGGCUGCUGGUGCUGUUCCUGCUGUUUCUAGCGUCGCCGCUCGGCCCCGACCGUACUUCGCUCCGCUCCUGCAGCAGGUUCUUGGUCUUACACCUCCUCCUCCUCCCUUAGAGGGUCCACAGCCUGUCCGGUCACAGCCACAGCUACAGCCUGCCUCCCCUUUGCCUACUCCUUCUCCGUACGCUGGUCCGACUGGAGGUCUUACUGAGCGUCGUGAGCCUGCGUCUCGUCCUGUGUCGCCUGUUCGUACUGAGCGCGCUGGUGGUCGCGGGUCGCGUCAGCGUCCUCCUCCUGUCCCUGGCACGCACCGGAUGUCACUGCGUCCGUCCACUGCUCCUCUGCGUGCCCCUUUGCCUUCUCCUCCUGCUUCCUCUCUUCCUGCUCUUGCCGACCCGGAGUCGGACUCUCUUCGUGCUGCCAGUCCUACUGUCACGCGUCUCCUUGCUACUGCUGUCACUGACCCUUCCUUCGAGUCGUCUGCUGCGUCUGCCCUUGUCACUGAGCUUGUCGACUUUGCUGCGCGCUGUCGUCUAGACUACGCUGCUCGUCUUGUCACUGAGUCUGAGUCCGCCUGUCCUCCGUCCGUCGGGGGUGAGUGUGCCCUUGGCACGGACGUCCUUGAGGACAGGCAGGAGGAGUUCCAGUGUCUGGCCGCCGCUUCACCUCGUCUCGCGUCUGUACUGCUAGCCCCUGAGGGAGACCCGGAUGCACCAGACAUCCCGACUCCGCGCUCUUACGCGGAGGCGAUAGAGGGUCCCUACUCCUCUCAGUGGCAGGCAGCUAUGGAUGCAGAGAUGGCUUCCUGGAAGUCCACAGGCACCUACGUUGACGCUGUUCCCCCUCCCGGGGCGAACAUCGUCAGUGGCAUGUGGAUUUUCAGGGUGAAACGGCCGCCGGGUUCUCCGCCUGUCUUCAAGGCGCGUUUCGUGGCUCGUGGCUUCAGUCAGCGGCAGGGAGUUGACUACUUUCAGACCUUCUCCCCCACCCCGAAGAUGACCACUCUUCGGGUUCUGCUGCACGUUGCUGCUCACCGUGACUACGAGCUGCACUCUCUCGACUUCAGCACAGCUUUCUUGCAGGGCAGCCUGCACGAGGAGAUCUGGCUGCGUCGCCCACGCGCCACGUGA